AUACACACACUCUCACUCCAUUCCUUCUCCCUCUGUCAAUAAUUCAACACGUGGCCACUCAUCUGGGACCCACCAUUCACCUCCCGGUUUAUAUAAACCCUGAACACUUCAUCCCUCUCAAACCAUCUCUCUCUUCUCUCUUCUGUCUUUUCUCUUCUCCAAUUCAACAACAAAAGCAAAAAAAAAAAACAUCAAACUUCACUUGAAAGUACCAAUACUGACUAAUCAUAUUUAAAAUGGCUUCUUUCACGGCGACUACGGCGGUUUCUCGGAGAUGGGUCGGUGGUAAUCAUACUAAACCACCAUUAUCGUCUUCUCAAAGCUCCGCCUUGGGUUAUUCUUGCUCCGUACCCAUGACAAAUCGUUCCCAACGAAAGCUCAAUGUUUCUUCUGCGCUUCACACUCAUCCUGCUCUCCAUUUCCCCAAGCAAUCCUCCACCUCUCCCGCCAUUGUUGUGAACCCCAAAACCAAAGAAUCCGACACCAAACAGAUGAACUUGUUCCAGAGAGCGGCGGCGGCGGCGUUGGACGCGGCGGAAGGUUUCCUCGUGAGCCACGAGCGACAGCAUCCCCUCCCCAAAACCGCCGAUCCUAGCGUUCAAAUCGCCGGAAACUUCGCUCCGGUGAACGAACAGCCUCUCCGUCGUAACCUCCCGGUGGUCGGAAAAAUACCGGAUUCCAUCAAAGGAGUGUACGUGCGCAACGGAGCCAACCCGCUUCACGAGCCGGUGACUGGUCACCACUUCUUCGACGGAGACGGGAUGGUUCACGCCGUGAAAUUCGAAGACGGUUCAGCUAGCUACGCGUGCCGGUUUACUCAGACCAACCGGUUUAUCCAAGAACGUCAAUUAGGUCGACCGGUUUUCCCCAAGGCCAUCGGCGAGCUUCACGGUCACACCGGUAUUGCUCGCCUCAUGCUAUUCUACGCCAGAGCCGCAGCCGGUUUAGUCGACCCGGCUAACGGAACCGGAGUAGCUAACGCCGGUUUAGUCUAUUUCAAUAACCGGUUAUUAGCGAUGUCGGAAGACGAUUUGCCUUACCAAGUCCGGAUCACUCCAGGUGGAGACUUGAAAACCGUUGGCCGUUACGAUUUCGACGGGCAGUUAGAAUCCACAAUGAUCGCCCACCCGAAAGUCGACCCGGAAUCCGGCGAGCUAUUCGCUCUAAGCUACGACGUCGUUUCAAAGCCUUACCUUAAAUACUUCCGCUUCUCGCCGGACGGAGAAAAAUCGCCGGACGUCGAGAUCCAGCUCGAUCAGCCGACGAUGAUGCACGACUUCGCGAUAACAGAGAACUUCGUGGUGGUACCGGACCAGCAAGUCGUGUUCAAGCUUCAGGAGAUGAUCCGCGGCGGCUCUCCGGUGAUCUACGACAAGGAGAAGGUCGCAAGAUUCGGAAUUUUAGACAAAUACGGGGCGGACUCGUCGGGAAUCAGGUGGAUCGAAGCUCCGGACUGCUUCUGCUUCCACCUCUGGAACGCGUGGGAGGAGCCGGAAACAGAGGAGGUCGUCGUGAUCGGGUCGUGCAUGACUCCGCCGGACUCAAUUUUCAACGAGUCCGACGAGAAUCUCAAGAGCGUCCUCUCCGAGAUUCGGCUCAAUCUCAGAACCGGAGAGUCCACUCGCCGUCCGAUCAUCUCCGACGGAGAAGAGCAAGUCAACCUCGAAGCAGGGAUGGUGAACCGGAACAUGCUCGGCCGUAAGACCAAGUUCGCUUACCUUGCUUUGGCCGAGCCGUGGCCUAAAGUCUCCGGCUUUGCGAAAGUCGAUAUCACCACCGGAGAAGUCAAGAAGCAUCUCUACGGCGAUAACCGUUACGGUGGAGAGCCUCUGUUUCUCCCCGGAGAGGGAGCAGAAGACGAUGGGCACAUCCUCUGUUUCGUUCACGACGAGAAGACAUGGAAGUCAGAGUUACAGAUAGUUAACGCCGUUAGCUUGGAGGUUGACGCGACGGUUAAACUUCCGUCAAGGGUUCCGUACGGGUUUCACGGCACAUUCAUCGGAGCCAGUGACUUGGCGAAGCAGGUGUAAAUAUACACAUGAAUAUACAUAGUACGUGAGAUGGUAAAGAAGCUUCUAGAAGAUAAAGAGAGAGAGGGAUUUACCAGUGGGAUGCUUUACAUAUACGUCCCCGGAAUCUUCUCCUCUUGUGUGUUUUUUUUGGGGUUUUGCUCUGUUUUUUUUUUUUUACUCUUGGGGUGCGGUUUCUAGUUCCCUUUUUUAUGGGGGUCAAUCUAGAAAUCUGAAAGAUUUUGAGGGACCAGUUUGUAGCUUUUGGGAUGUAGGGUUAGCCUAGCCGUUCGAGCUCAGCUGGUUUCUGUUAUUCUUUCACUUGUUGUUGUUCAUAGUGAGAAGUAUAUAUUUAUUAAACACAAAACUUUGUAUAUAUGUGUACUGUUUCUAGCAAAGAUUAAGCAGCAUUGUAGUCGAUUUUAAAUACCAUUUUGCCUAUGUUUUA